AUGACGUCGAAAAGGCCGCAAUGCUGGGAAUGCCAGCGCCGCAGCUCGCCGUGCGACGGCAAGAUCCCCGUCUGCGGCAACUGCAGCGCCGCCGGCAUGGUCUGCCCCGGCUACAACAACGCCCGGCCGCUGACGUGGCUGCCCACGGGCAAGGUGUCGCGGCUGCAGAAGCCAAAGGCUAACAAGGGCCGGGGCUACGGGGCGAAACCGGCGGCGGCGGCAGGCAGACGGCAGCAGCAGCAGGCCAGGCCGGGUCCGGGUCCGGGUCCGCGUCCCGGCGCAACGGGGAGGUUGUUGUCGAGCAGCACGCUGGAGCGAGGGGCGUCAGGGUCGGGGUCGUCGACGAGAUGGCGGAGGAGGAGGGAGGAGGAGGAGGUCAGGACUGAUGGCCGCGGCGUGAACAACGACAGCUACAUCACCGAGAAUGGCGCCAGCAACAACAAUAACAGCGACAUGGAGAGCAUCACCACCACCACCAACACCGUCACAAACAGCACCGCCAGCAGCAGCGGCAGUGACCGGAGCAGCGACGCCGGCAUCUUCUCCGACGCUUCGCCCGGCGACUCGACAUCGCUGGUGGCGAUUGUCCGCAGUGACCAGGGUCAUCGGGAAGACGACAACAUGAAUAGCAGCAGCAUCGACGUCUGCUCCGACGGGAAUGAGAACAUGAGCACGACGAGUCUUCAGGUGGUCGCCAGCAGACAGCUGCAGCAAUGGGGCUCUACCAACAGCUCCAGGCAGAUGCAGGUGUCUGUUCCGCCGGACCUGAGGCCCGAGCAGUGGGACUUUGUCGACGCAAUACAGUACUACAACAACCUCCUCCUCCCCAAGCUCCGCGCAAGACAAAUCGUCCAGAACCCCGCCUGGGGAGGCGAGCUCAACGGCAAGGCCCUGCAGGCCCUCACGGCGGCCAACCGGCACUGCAUCCUCGCCAUCGCCGUCGGCUACCGCAUCAUGUGCGUCUCCAUCAUCCACGGGCUGGACCUGGAGCCGUCGACGUCCGGCCCUGCGUCCCACCUGUGGCUCGAGUUUUACCGGCACAUGGGCAAGUCGAUUCGGGCUCUGAACGACGAGAUCCAGCGCAGCGGCAACGUGUUUAACAUCUUCUCCAGCAUGGCUCACUUGAUGAGCGCAGAGGUCCUCGUCUCCAACUCGCUAUCAUGGCGUCUUCAUGCCGACGGCUACCUCAUGCUCAUCAGGCACUGCGGCGGCCUCCGCAAACUGAUGAACACUUCCGCAACCCCCCUAUUGAUGCAAAGCUUCGUCAUCGGCAUCACCGUCUUCAACACCACAAGCCCCAGCCACGCCCAACUCGUCGACGCCUGCAACUUCGACGUCGACGAUGUCAUGGCCCUCUACGAGAUCGGGAGCAGCCCCCUCUUCUACUGCCCCGCGCCUCUCUUCCGCGAAAUCUUCCUCAUCAACCGCCUCCGCCUCGAAGCCGCUCUCUCGUCUCCCGACCCCCUUUCUGAUCCCAGCAGCAGCAACAGCAGCAGCAGCAGCUCUUCCUGUGACAUCCUCGCGCGGAUUGACGCGUAUUCCGUGCCGCCUGUGCCGACGGAAUCGCUCGAUAUUGACGACCAAAAGGCUCACAACCUGCUCUCCGUCUCGCUGCUGUUCAAAUCCGCCGUGGCGGUCUUCGCCUCGUUGACACUCCCAUGCACGUCCCGCUGCUGCUGCUGCUCCUCCUCCUCCCCGCGCAAGCCCAGCUGCGCAGAACUGCACGAGAUGCACCGAGCCAAGCUCUUCCAGCUCCUCGACACGACGUCCGAGUUCCUGCCGCUGCUGGACCACAUCCUCUGGCCGGUGGUCGUCGCGGGGACGGCCGCCGCGACGGGCGGCGUCGGGGACAGGAUGCUGGUGGAGAUGUACCUGCUCAACGGCGCGCGGGAUCCCUUCACGGGCGGGUGUACGGGCUCGGCGCUGGCGACGAUGAGGAGGUUCUGGGGGUCGGGGAAGACGGCGUGGGACGAGUGCUUUGAUCAGCCGCAUGCGUGGAUGAUUUGA